AUAACAGCAAGAGAUCCUUCCUCUCUCAUCAGUAUCAUCAGUCGAAGAUGGCGAAGUCACGCAGAGUUGGUAUUGCAAUGGACUUCUCUCCCACCAGCAAACUUGCCCUCAGAUGGACCGUCGAUAAUCUCAUCGACCAUGGAGAUCUCAUCAUCUUGAUCAACGUUCAACCUCCUGAGUCUGAUCACACCAGAAAGGAGCUUUUCGAAGACACUGGUUCACCUCUGGUGCCUCUGGAGGAGUUGAAGGAGAUAAAUUUCACGAAGCAAUAUGGUAUUGCGAGAGACUCCGAAGUUUUGGACAUCCUUGAUACUGUAUCAAAGACCAAAGAGGCAAAAGUAGUAGCCAAAGUAUAUUGGGGAGAUCCAAGGGAGAAGCUGUGUGCUGCUGCUGAAGAUCUUAAGCUCGACUCUCUUGUAAUUGGAAGCAGAGGAUUAGGCUCCAUCAAAAGGUUGUUGUUGGGGAGUGUAAGCAACUAUGUAGUAACAAAUGCUUCAUGCGCCGUCACAGUGGUUAAGGGGAACCUGUCUUCCAAUUCAAGGCACUGAUAUGGAUUGUGUUUGGUUUGUGUU